AUGUGCUCCAUUUCAACUAAAAGCAACCAAAAGCAUAAGCUGAUAGUUGAACUUCACAUUUAUGUUUAUAUAAUACAUGCUCAACACUCUUAAAUUUCCCUGGGGGUAGGGAUGGGGAUGGUGAAUAUGCUCCUCCCCUUUUGUCUUGCCCCAUUGCCAUUCUUGAUGUGUAGCAUUCUGCUUACCAUUUGCUGGCUUCAACAUAUGAGUUUAACUGAGAUUGACUGCUGAAUUUUUGCUUCCCAAAUUAAGUGUUUUUUUUCCCUGUAAUUCUUAGUUAUUUGUCAAUGAAUUUCAGUUUCCUGUAAAGAUUUAUCCUUUUCUGUGCUUAAAUGUUUAUUGUGCAGAAAUUGGGGUUUCUUUUUUCUUCUUCCCCUGAUUUUUUCUUUGUUAAUCAUCCACAUUACCUCAUGCAGGAUUGAAGACCUGGUUCUAAUAAUAUAAGUGACUCUAAACACUGAUUUAAUUUAAGGACAUGAUUAAACUCGAAGGGGUGGAAGUAAAUUGCUGUGCUUCAAUCACAGUUUCCUUGUGGAAUUAAGGUAGGGGAGUGAAGGUGGUGCUCAUUUCUCAGCUAUCAAUGGCUCAGACCAGAACCUCCUCGCACUUCCAACUCUUAUCCUCCCUUUCUAAAACCUCGUGUAAACUCUCCAAAUUCAGAGAUUACACUUCCUUCUUUUAUGUUCGUGCUCUAUGCUCUUGCUCCAGUCAUCACCAGGCAAACGGGACAAUUGAGUUGUCAAACUAUAAAGAGACUUUUGCCAAGCGCAUGGCCAUGGCUGGCCUCAAACCUCAUCAUCGUAUUGCAUUGGGUGUUUCUGGUGGUCCCGACAGCAUGGCCUUGUGUGUAUUAGCUGCGUCAUGGAAAACAAGCCAUGGUAUUGGUCUUAUUGCUGAUAAGAGAAGUGAGUCCAUUGAUGGACUUUUGGCUAUUGUUGUUGACCAUGGAUUACGCUCUGAGAGUAAAGCUGAGGCCAAUCUUGUUCAGCGUCGAGUUACUGAUAUGGGAAUUAAAUGUGAGAUUGCUCACUGUGAAUGGCCUGAAGGUAGACCAAAACAGGGCCACUUGCAAGAAGCAGCUCGUAAUAAAAGAUAUGAAAUUUUGCAAAGUGUUUGCAUCCAACAUCACAUGAGCGUGAUAUUAAUUGCACAUCAUGCAGAUGACCAGGCAGAGUUGUUCAUUCUGAGAUUAUCUCGGAAUAGUGGUGUGCUUGGGCUUGCUGGCAUGGCGUUUGUAUCAGAAUUGUUCUAUAAACAACCAUCUUCCAAUCUGGAACCUUCCAGACACCAUAGAUCUGUAUUGGUUAGACCGCUCUUGGAAUUCUCAAAGGAAGAUAUGUACAAGAUAUGUCAAGCGGCCCACCAAGAAUGGGUGGAGGAUCCAACUAAUCAAAGCCAAUUAUUUGCUCGUAAUAGAAUUCGAAUGUCAUUGACCAACUUGUCAUCAUCUGCCUUCAAAGCCGAGGUACAAGAUCUUAUAACAACCUGUCGAAGAACAAGGUUGCAUGUUGACAGAAUUUGUUCCAACCUAAUUCAUCAUGCCGUGAUCAUCACACCUCUAGGGUAUGCAGUGGUUGAUCUAGGACUUCUGAACCCCUCAAAAGUCAAGGACAUAAUCCUUUCAAAGUUCAUUUCCUUAAUUUUGCAGUUUGUUUCCCAAAGACAAAGACCUAUCCGAGGGAGCGCUUUAAAGUUGCUACUUGACUAUAUUCGUACUUUCCCAUGCAAGACCUGUCUUACAGCAGCUGGUUGUUACCUAAGUCCGGCACCUGGUUCCAAAGGCACCAAAAUGUUGGUCUGCUGCUCUCCCAAUGCCGAUCUCCCUUUGAAGACGGAAUUACUGGAUACAUCUGUCAAUGAAGUGCAGAACUGCUAUUCAAGUGAUAUAGAGCAAAUAAUAACAGAAGCAAAAUUAUAUGCAGAUCAAUUUUCUCGGGAUGAAUUGGGUGUGCGAUAUUUAGAUUUAAGAUCUUCAGAUUCUGUUCUAAUUGAAGCCAAAAGGCAAGGUGUUCUUAGUGAGUCUACGUAUUGGAGUAUUGUUUCUUUGCAGGAAAAGGAGAGUGAAAAUUUCCGGUCUCAAUCUGAUAUUGAUUUCCAGUUACAAAAUGAAGAACCUGCCAAUGAUGUUCCAAGCAGAGUACUUUACGAAGAGAAAACUGGUUACUUCAUGAACAGGUUUUUGGUGAAAUGGAAUUUGAACAAGAACUUGUUUUCCACGAAAGACACAGAUCUUAGUAGAGUGGAAAGUUGGAACUCUUGCAGUUCACGCGUAAUUGGUCAUGAUUUGUUAGUUGAGGUGCGGCACAUGGUGGAUGCCGAUUGGCUGUAUCUUGCAAAGCUAGCAGAGAGUCGGAAUGAAUUAGUGCCAUUUCCUUCUGGUGUUGACUGUAAAACUGGGAGAAUCUCGUGUUCUGAUUAUGUGAAGCAAUCAGCCGAAAGGGGUCUCCUUGCAUUGAAAUCUAUUCCAGUUGCUGCAAGAAGAACUCUACCUGUCUUGGUUAACAGUGAUGGACUGCUACUAAGCAUCCCGAGUAUUGAGUUCCAGCACUGUCCCUGCUUGGUGGCUUCUGCUGUGUUCAAGCCCAUGGUACCACUUGGUGCUGGUUACACUUCAUUCCUCUAGUUUUUACUUUUAAUUUAUUGGACCCUUGUACACCUUACUUAGUGUAGUCUAAUGACUUAUGUUGUAAUCUUUUAUUUGUAAGAUUAUUAUUUGAUUGUUUAGGAUGUUGUAUUUACUGUAGUUGGCAUAUUCAUUAUUUGUACUAGAUAUACUUGUUAAUCAAGUUUCUUUGUAAUAUAUUACUGUCUAUUU